UACAGUACGUUUCGGUUUGUGUUUUCAAAGUUUGGAUAGUUGUGAAUUAGUGCAAUUUUAAAAAUAAACGCGCAAUUACGGAUUAUUAGUAUUUGUUGUGUUAGUGUCUAUAAUUUAAUUUUUUCGAUAAGUAAAGAACACUUUUUUAUCGAUGUUGCCAUAACGACGGUUACCGGCAAUGCAGUGGUUCAGUGUUGGUUUAGCGCCUUAAUGAUGAAGGAAGUAAUGCGGCCCGGGCCCGCGGUAGGGACGGAGAGCAUCUUGGAUUGGAUCCGGAGCCGGGAGGUUGCGGAGAAGUGCGCCCGUGUACGCCGCCGGCCGCCAGUCCGGCACGAGCCUUCGUCGUGAAUGUACGUCGUGUGUGUUCGUCAAGCGAGCGGUCGCGCACGCGCUCUCGCGAUCUAAACCACGCAAAACAAUUCGAAACAAAUUUUUACACCACCCACUUAAAAAACGCAAACAAUUUGACAGUGACGUUUCAGUGGACGCGAUGACAGUUCAGCACGUAGUGUAUUAAUGUAAACGCAAAUUUCAAUAUUCCGUAUCACAAAUUUACAGUGCCGCGUGAAAUAGAACAAAUUCAUGGUGAACAAAAUUGACCUGUGUUGUGCAUAUAUUGCAGUGUGUAAACAUUAGAAUGCCACCGAUAGCUGCCGGGUAGCGCGAUGAUGCGCAAGGAGGGUGCCGGCGCGCCCGGGGCCGACGUCUCCCUGGACGCUUACGAUUGCUUAAAUCUCCAGCAGAUUCUUCAGGCGUUCAACUCGACCAUCGGCGAGGAGUACGCUUGGGCCUUGUUCUAUCAGGCCGCCAAGUGUUUUCAGAAAUGUCUCGCUGACGGCUCGACCUGUUACCUGGCAACGGAGCCAAGGCAUCUGUUGCUGCAUAAAGAUGGCUUCGUGCAUCCGAACACGCUCACGCAUCCAGGAGAUGACAGCAGCAGGGAGGAAGUCACGUCGGAGCAGCAGAUGGUGGUGAACUUGGCGCUGGUGAUCUACCAUGCGCUGGAUUACACGCACGCGGAGGAUGAGGAGCGGCUAAUCUCGCCGGACCUCGAGGGCCUUAUCACCGAUAUGACUGCCUGCGAUGCUGAGGAGGAAGAGGAGUGCGGCAUGUCGGAGGGGUCGGAGACGUCGGAGAGUGGACGCGCCGACACUGAUGACGAGGGCAUCGAGCGCGACGCUGACCCUGCUCCUCGCCGCACCACUCACUGCCGCCGGUUCAUGCUCAAAGAUGUUAUUGAGCGCUGCGUGUGGCAUUGCGGCGGCGUGGGGCGCGGCGCACGCGAGGCGGCUGGUGCGCACUACCGCGCCGUGUGCCGCGCGCUGCUCUCCGAGGCGCUUGAGCUGGCCUCAUUCCUGGCGCGCGUGCGAGUCGGCGGCGCGCGCAAUAUGGGCGCCGCGGAGGACUCAGCAACCCAUCUUGAUACGUUGCACUUCUCAGAUUGGGCGCGUUUCUGGAUGCAAGUGAUUGGAGAGUUGCGGAUGGGUGUGAAACUGAAGAAGGUGAACUAUUCUAGGACCCCCAUCGAGUACGAGCUGACACCGUACGAAAUUCUAAUGGAUGACAUCAGGUCAAGAAGGUAUACUUUAAGAAAAGUGGACGGAUCAAUACCUCAGAGUGUGAAGAAGGACGCUCAUGCUAUGAUUCUCGAAUUUAUUAGAAGUAGGCCGCCACUCAGAAAGGCCUCGGAACGUAAAUUACCGCCGCCCCGACGGGAAAGCACGCCGCGGGAGCAGCUGCUAGCUUCCAUCCAGCGCGGCCGUCCGCUCAGACCCACGCCAUACUCGCGCACAUACAGUAACGGCGCGGGUAGCGGGCCGGGCGGCGGGGAGGUGCGGCGCGGCGGCGGCGGGGGCGGUGACGUCACGCCGCAUGCGCCGCCGCAGCGCAGGCUCAUCAAAGUUGACUUUGACAACCUCGAGGACGACGAAGACGAAGACGACACCGAAACAUGCAUAAGUCCGGAGACGUGCAUCCCUCAGCCCUUCCCCCGGCAUACAGCGCCGCAGCAACCCGCGCCUAAACCUUGGAAGCGAACUGCAUACGAUCUGGCGACACAAUGUCCAUCGCGGCGCGCGUCCAUGCGGCGACACACGGUCACGCACGUCUGCCCUCCCAGCGAUGGCGCACAGUCUCUACCUCACUCCAGGCCUGGUUCGCGUGCGUCGUGCGCGGGCGCAGCAUCGCUAGCCAGCAGCGAGCUGGACGCGCAGCUGGGCGAGUUGUCGUGGUCGCGCUCCUCGCUGCAGGACGAGCUCAUCAAGUCGGUUAGUGGCAGCCCUAGUAGCAAGCAUAAGCAAUGGCAGGAAGCGAUAAUGUCGGAUGACCGGCUGUCGCUGACUCUGGAGGAGAUCGUACACAUCAGAUCGGUGCUCACAAAGGCAGAGCUCGAGUUCUUGCCCUCCGAGGGCAGAGUCAAGGAAGAUGUCGAGAAGAGAAGAGUAUGUUUCCUAUGUUUGAAAACAAGAUUUGGAAUAUUCGGCCCCUGGGGGCAAAAGUGCAAGCUAUGUAAAAAGACUGUCUGUCAAAAGUGUUGUUCAAAGAUGCGCAUACCGACGGAGCACUUCGCGCACGUGCCGGUGGUGCUGCUGAGCCCCUCUCUACUGCCCUCUCCCGAGGACGAGGCGCCCUCCUUCCCCCGCAGCCUCGUCUCGCGCCUCGUCUCCCCGGAGCACCACGACAACAGCGUGGGCAGCGCGCCGAGCAGCCCGGUGUCGCGGCGCGCUUGCCCGCAGUCUGCGCCGGGGUCGCGCGGCGGGUCGCGCGGGGGCUCCGCGCUCGGCUUCGCGGACCUCGCCGUGCACGCGCCCGGCGCCAUGACGCGCUCCGUGGACGGGCCCGGCAGCAUGCCCUGCGUCAUCAACGACCGCAGUAUGUCCAGAUCGCGGUGCGGGCGGGGCUCGGGCGGCGCGUCUGCGGCGGAGCGGCUGCGCGGGGUGCAGAUGGCGGUGUGUCACGACUGCAAGGCCAUGGUGCUGCAGAUCAUCAAGUCGUCGCGAGCCGCGCGCUCCGCCUCCCGCGACCGCGCGCUGCGACACCUCACGCUCGACCUGGCGCCGGUCUACACAGACAACUGUUAGUCGCCGCCGCGUCCCACUCAUCCCUUCCCUUCCCUAGUGUUAGCAAAUAUCACUAGUUGUAAAGCGAUCGUAUCGCGCGGGAAAGCGAAAUGGAACUAUUCAAACGCAGACGAGUGCUGCAGUGUUAGUUGUCUUGCGGAAAACCGACAAACUCAACAGAGGCAUCGUUGGAUCUGGGUCAGUUAUUGUAUCAAGGACAGUAUGAGUCAAUAUCUUGCGGAAAGAUUAUAAUGAUGGCGUAGAAUUGGGUUUAUUAGUGAGCGCGGUGUUUCACCCGAAAAAUGUUAAAAUGUUUAUGACCUUUCUGACUACAUUCUCAAAUUGACACUAUCCAUACUGUUGAUAAGGACAACUCGAUGGUCGGAAGGAUAGAAGUUGUCUUGAUGACUUGGCAGCAUAUUUUCAUUUUAAUUCCAGCCGAGUGGGUAGUGCUAUCGGCAACUGCGAGUAUUAAAUGUGACUUUGAACCUGACUGACCAACAAAUGUACAACAUUUAUUCAGCAACCUGUAAUGGCAAGAUUUUGUGUGCCCCGAGUCCCUCCGUACUUUUUUGAUUUUUUCUUAGUAAUUAUCCAAAUCUAUUUAAAUUUUGAGGCCUAUUUGAAUUAAGAAGGCAAACCCUUUUUUUUCGCAAUUCUCGUAAAGGACAACUUUCUAAUACAUAGUUAUAGGUAAAGUAUAGUCGUUUGUUUCUCAGUGAAACAGUUGGUUGUUUUUGACCACAACAAGCCGCUUUUUGAAUAUAAAUCAUGUAUUCUUUAUAGAUUUUUUGUUUGUUCAAUUGAAUAUUUAUUUAGCCAUAAUACUUGAAGUAUUAGUUUUCUGUUCUAGAAGCAUUUUGAUUAUCGCUAUAAUCGAAUAUGAUCUUUUGUUACCGUACAAUUGUUUUAUUAAUUUCGUAUAAUGUUAAGAUCAAAAUGAUUUCUUUUAACUUUUUCUUGACUACUGGCAAAGAAAUCGUUUUCUUUGUCAAACAAAAGCGACCUUUAUCAACUAACAUGUGAUCAAUUUUUGUUUAGUAGUUUAAACGAAAUGAGAUUUCAGGAAAAUUACACUUAGUAAAAAUUUACGGAGAGACAUUAAGUUGACUACAGGCAGAGAAAUAUUUAUUUUUCCAAUACUUAAAAGUGAAAUUCUUUAACAAAGAGCUUGCGAGGUUGUAUAGAAUUAAUGUUGUGUUUCUAGACGGACCGUACCAAGUACAUUUUACCAUUGAAUUUCAUGUCGACAAAAAAAAUUGACAAGACUUUGACAUUGACAGAUAAUACGUAGCUUCCUUUAUAUUUAUUUAUCGCACAAAAAACUUAUAAACCUUCUUCAAUUAGCCAUCUAAAAACCUCAUAAUACAAAAAAACAUAACUAUAAAUUAAAGUAAAAAAUAGAUUAUGUUCAAGAAAUUACUAAGAUUGUAUUUUGUCACCUAGAUUUUUAAUAUAUAUGUAACAAACAUUUAUAUAUUUUUCCUAAUAGAAUUUAAAAUAUGUCUACAAGUUGAAUAUAUAGCAUGAUGUUCUGUGUUCAAAAACUCGUAACGUACUAUAAAUGUUGUGUAAAAGAUGUGUAAUAUAUCUGAAUGUUAAGUGUUCAUGUUCAUGUUUAUUUUGCUAAAAUUGCAUUUCGUGUUUUAAAUUUGAGGCAUACCGUAACCUUGUGAGAUAUCCUUGUGAGGCGUCAUAAGAGAGCAUAUAUCCGUCAUUAUUCCAUUACAUUUGACUCUCAUUGUAGUUGUGUUUAUAUA